UUUUAUUUUGUUUUUAGUUAAAAGUUAUAGUUUCGAAAUAAAAAUUAUAGUUUAAAAUGGAAAAUUCAAUUGCAUAUCCUCGAAAAGUUGACGUAUUAAAAAUUUUUGUUACUGGUGACCAGAAAGUAGGCAAAGCAGCAUUUAUCAAAUGUGUAGUAUUCGGUGCUUAUGAUCCAUAUUUAGAGUCUGCACUUCAGUUGGAUUUUAUGACAAGAGAAAUAAAAGUAGAAGAUGAACUGGUUGUUGUUCAACUAUGGAAAACUGAGCCACCAUCAUAUCACUGUGCUAUUGUUAUUUAUGAUGUGACAAAUCGAAGUUCUUUUGCAUGUGCAUUGAAGAAACUUGAAUAUAUUCGCCAACAAAGUUCAAAUGAUUUGCCUGUGUUAUUGUUAGCAAAUAAAAUAGAUACAGACAAAAAAAGACAAGUGAUGUUACAUGAAGGUGAACUUGCUGCUCUUCAGCACAGCGCACUUUUUAAUGAGAUAAGUUGUACUGAGGCUACUAAUACAAGAGAGAGUUUAACUUUAUUUAUUGGAUCGUUGUUAUCAUUAAAUAACGAACUUUUUUCUGAAGAAUAGAAUUUAUUUUUCCACUUUUUUAACACGAUAUUUUGUAGAUCCAUGUUUUUUAACGCUUUUGUAUAUAAUUGCGACCUUUUGUAAUUGUAAGCAUUACUUAUCGAGUAAUUUUAUAUUCACAUUAUUUAUAAUUUUUUUUAUUUUUUAUCAAGUAUUUUUAUAUAUUAUUUUUUGUAUUAUUUAUAAUAAUAUUUAAGUAUUUAUUAUUAGGAAAUUUCUAAAUUAUUCAAUCAUUGUUUUAGCAAUAUUUAUUACUGCAAUAAAAUACAGUUUAAAAUAUAUUUUUUAUGAUAUUUUUUUAAUAGCUUACUUUUUCUAAUUUUUUAUUGAUUUCUAUUUUAUCUACCCCCAUAUUACUCAGUAAAAGCCGUUAUUUUAUCUAAUACUUGUUUGCGGUGUACCUAGAGGUAGCAAGAUCCAAAAUAUUUAUGACGUGAAGAAUAGUGAGUUCUUUGAAUGUGUUUAGAAAACCCAUAUAAAAGAUGUAUACAAAUUGACUACAUUUUACAAUAUCUUUAUUUCAA